AACCAGCCUCCCGUCGUCCCCCGCACGCCAUACCCCACGCGGCUCACACAUCGCCACCACACCAAAAGGCUAGGCAAGAAAUUCCUCCUCCCCCCUUCCCCUUCCUUCUCCUUCCAUCGUUCCCUACCCAGGCGCGCAGAAGCCGACGCCAGGGCGAUUCCUCUCGGCCACUCUGUACUCUGCCCUCGAUGACUUCUCCCAACAUCGAGAUGAUCGCCUCCUCGCUCCGCCACUGCUCCCUCAACGGCGGCGGGGGGCGUCGCAGCAGGGCCAGGCGCCGCGCCGAGCGCAGCGACGACAGCGAGGGCGUCACCGUGGAGCUCAACUCCGAGGUCGCCCUGCCCUACCACUGGCAGCAGUGCCUCGACAUCCGGACGGGGCAAGUGUACUACAUCAACUGGGAGGACGGCACCCGGACGACCGUCGACCCGCGCACCUCGUCUUCGUCGUCGCCAUUCUCAUCCUCGCCGACGCCGCGGUCCACUCCCCAAGCUUCGCCGCGCGCCGCCUCCACAUCCUCGUCCGGAGCCUCCGGCUACACCUCCGCCUCGUCCGUGGGCGCCGGCACCGCGGCCGCCUGGUUCUCCGGCGCCGGCUACGGCGGCUACGGCUACAAUGACAGCGACGGCUACAAUGACGCCGACGAGGAGAGCAGCAGCAGCAGCAGCAGCAGCCAGAGCUCCGCCGUCUCCUCGUUCUCCCCCACCGACGAGUCCGCCUCCAGCGGCAGCGGCAGCGACAACGGCAACGGCAACAACGCCGUCCACGUGCUCGUGGCGGCCGGCUGCAGGGCGUGCUUCAUGUACUUCAUGGUGCCCAAGAGCACCGGCGUGUGCCCCAAGUGCGGCACCCCCGCUCUCCUCUACCUCGGCCGCAGCGGCAGCAACAACAACAAUGCCUACGCCUGAGCCGCCAGCCUGCCCGUCGUCGUCACCACCUGGACCUGGUCCCGUGAUUCACUCAUUGUAGUGUUUGUAGGGCAGGGGACCCCCAUUUCGCAACUGUGCAAGCGCUGUCAUGGACUGCCAAUCUGGCUUCGGUGUUCACUGUUCAGCGCGGGGAAAAACAAGUUUUCAGCACAAGGGUCCCCGAAAUCUUUGCCGUUAAUUUCCUACAUUGUGACCCAAUGUACGGGACAAGAGAGAGAGGCCAUGUCUAGACUUUUUAGAGUUUUUAUUUUCCUUCUCCUUUCCAGUUUGUGGGACUCAACAACAGAGACUAACACCACCACCCCCCCCCCCCCUUUUUUUUAAUCUUUCUUCCUAUCCCCAUUUCAAGAAUGAACAUUUGUACUACCCUACUAAAUUCCUUUCCUUGAGCUGGCUGCAGUCAACUAGUUAAUUAAUUAGUGCAGUGCUUAAUUCGCAAUGUACCGCUCGUCAGUUUUGCAACAUUCUUCUGGUUUGCGUUGUGUAGAUUUGAAGCAACUCAAGCAAAGUGCCUGCAUGUGUAUA